AUGGCAACUCCAGCUCUCCAAGCCCCCGUGGCCGUCCCUCUCCCUCCUACCCCUUCAACCGACUUCAUGACCGAGGACCAAUGGGACGUCCUCUGGGCACUGUUAGACGGCGCGAUGCCAUCCUACGUCCCAGCUUCCGCAGUGACGGACAAGGAGAGGCAGGUUGCCAUCCCGGACGCCGAGUUUGAUCGCCUUGUCGAAGACAUCACUAGCUCGCUCGACGGCGCUCCGAGCAGAGAGGAAAUAACAGAAUUUCUCGCCUUCCGGCUGGUUGACCAUCCGCCGUUUCGAGACGACUGCAUACGCAACUUAGCCGCAUCGCCAGCAAUAGCUAAGCUGGCCAAGGCCCUUGGGUCGUUAGGGACUCGCGCUGGAAGUCUCUUGCUGACCGGCUACUGGAGCCCCGUCACCCAACAACCGUCCAGUGUGCGUGAGGCUAUCCUCAAGUCUUGGACUACAGCACGACUCCAGUCGCUCAGGGGGUUGGCCAAGUCUCUCACCACCCUGGCUAGCAAGGCAAAUGGCACAACGAACCCCUACUUCAAGAAACUCUCCGGUUACUCAGACGUCCCAACGGAUUGGAAACCUGUGCAGGGAUUCGACUUCAAAUUCAUCCAGCUGCGGCCCGGGGACGACGUGCACGAAAUCACCACCGACGUCGUCAUCGUUGGCUCCGGCCCCGGAGGCGGCGUCUGCGCAAAGAACCUGGCCGAGGCAGGGCACAAGGUCCUCGUCGUCGACAAGGGCUACCACUUCCCUCCCUCCCACUUCCCCAUGCCGCAAAUGACCGCGCUCAACCACCUCUUCGACCAUGGCGGCGCCUACGUCAGCGAGGAUACGAGCACCGCCAUUACGGCCGCCAGCUGUUGGGGUGGUGGCGGCACCAUCAACUGGAGCGUGUCCUUCAAGCUCCAAGACUUCGUCCGCAAGGAAUGGUCUGACGAGGGUCUCCCGCUCUUCACGUCGCCUGAAUUCGACGAGUGUAUGGACCGAGUCUGUGACUUUAUCGGCGCGGGAACUGACGCUAUCCGCCACAACUUCCGCAACAACCUACUGCUUGAUGGAUGUAACAAGCUAGGCUGGCACGGAGGCGUUGCUCCCCAGAACACGGCCAACAAGGAGCAUUAUUGUGGUCAUUGCCAUCUGGGUUGUGGAUUGGGAGAGAAGAGGGGGCCGGCGGUGGCCUGGCUGCCUGCUGCGGCUGACGCGGGUGCCGAGUUCAUGGAGGGCUUCACUGUCGACAAGGUACUAUUUGACGACGAUGGCACGACAGCGACAGGCGUUGAAGGCUCGUGGUUGGCUAGAGAUGAUGAGGACGUCGAAGGACGUACGCAGCGCAAAGUUGUCAUCAAGGCAAAGAAAGUCAUCGUGUCUGCUGGCACGUUCUGGAGCCCCGUCAUUUUGAUGAAGAGCGGCAUCCAAAAUCCGCAACUUGGACAAAAUCUUCAUCUACACCCAGUCAACUGCCUGAUGGUAGUACAUCGGCAAGAAACUCGGCCGUGGGAGGGUGGUAUCAUUACAAGCUGGAGCGGCGAGUUUGAAAACCUCGACGGCAAAGGACACGGAACAAAGCUGGAGCCAUUAUGCAUGGUGCCAUACAUGGCGUUUGCAAUGCAACAUUGGACGGGAGGUCUGGACACCAAGCUCACCACCAUGAAAUAUCGUCAUCUUAGCAGCUUCAUCUCGCUAGCCCGUGACCGAGACUCUGGCCGCGUGUUUGUCGACCCUGAGACCGGGGGCCCGCGCAUUGAAUACACGACUUCUGAUUUCGACCGUGAGAACAACUUGGAGGGGAUCAUUGGCCUCGCCAAGAUUGCCUAUGUCGGCGGUGCAACGGAGAUUCGAGCGCAUUAUCCCGGCGUGCCGCCGUUCCUGCCCAAUGCCGCAGAGCAAGAGAAGCACGUCCAAGACGAAGAUCCCGAGUUCACAGACGCUGCUUUCGGCAAGUGGCUACAACACCUCCGCACCAUGAGCAACAAGCCUCCCCUGACUGCCUUUGGUUCAGCGCACCAGAUGGGAACGUGCCGAAUGAGCGCCACAAAGGAAUCGGGCGUAGUGGAUCAGAAGGGAAGCGUCUGGGGGACCAAGAACUUGUACGUCGCAGACUCUAGCGUGUUCCCGAGCGCGAGCGGCGUCAACCCCAUGGUUACCGUCAUGUCCAUUGCAGACUGGAUUUCGCGGGGUGUGUCUAAGGAGCUGUAG